UGUCUUCUGUUACCGAGGUCAUUUCCUGCUGAACUUUUCUCAGAAGCGAUCAAAACCCAGCAUACGUGAUCUGUUCUAGGACAGAGAGCUGAGUGUACGUAUACGUAUGUACGUAUGAGGACAGGUUCCUAAAAUGCAUUGUCACCUGGUUGAAUCCAGAACUCAGAUUUCUGCAAUUGUGCUGGUUGUAGCUUUUCUGACAGGAAACAGUUUGGCUCAGACCCAGUACUAUGGUCAGUUGAUCGGCAGUUUCCCGACCCCUGCCGGACCAGGCGGGGUGGCAGGUACGGUGUACGCCGUGGACGCCGACAGGGUACAGAUCGUGGGUUUCUCCUUCGACGGUUCCGUCUCAGAUGUCCAGUUCCGUACUGGCUCUACUGACUCACCGGAUGGAGGUGCAGGAGUCGUGGUACCUGAUGAACAAGGCAGAGCGACUCCGCUGGGUGUUUAUGACAACAGAAGAAUCGUCCUGACUCUUCCUGCCGGAACAACGUUGGACAGCGUUACAUGGAUUGCUGUCUGGGGUCAAAACACUGGGAACAUUGGUCACGUCGCCAUCCCAGACGGGUUAGUUAUCCCACGGCCGCGGAACAUCGGAGAAUUCUCCCGACGGCAACACCAAGUUCGCUCCGGGAAUGUCAACAUCACGGAUGCCAAGACAUUCCAUAUUCCAAACCUGCACUAUGAUGGGUUCGGACCAGAUGCAUUCUUUUGGGCUGGCACGACAGACAGACCUAGCUCACGUGGUUUCAAGGUCCCGGAUCACCGCGGAAGUUUUGACCGACGUCUUCCGCGCUACACAGGUCAAACCAUAGACAUCACUCUGCCCGGAGAUGUGACUGUGUACGACAUCAAAUGGCUCAGCAUGUGGUGUAUCCGCUUCACCGCUAACUUCGGGGAGGUCUUCAUUCCCACGGACCUCAACGUCCCACCAUACGUGGGAGACAUUACAUCACCUCCACAGGAGCUUGGAAACUGUGAGGAGUUGAACGACGACUUCCAGGUCAGCUGGGAACUGCAGGCCGGUAACCUGAACCUCCAGCUGGCGGGACGAGUAGCGGACGGUGACUACAUGGCUUUCGGCAUCAGUGGGUGUGCCGACCGUACCUGCAUGGUUGGCUCGGACGUGACCGUAGCUUGGUUUGACAUCGACACUCCGAAAGCAGUGGACUACACUCUGGGUGCAUAUUCACAGUGCAGCGGCACGUCGGGCGUGUGUCCAGACGACAGGGUAGGGGGCACAGAUGACAACUUUGACGUCAUAGGUACAAGGAUCAACGGUAUCACAAGGAUUAAGUAUUCUCGUCCAAUCAACACUGGCGACACGGCAGACAAGGUGAUCGACUCCGCACAGAACAUGUACAUCUCCUGGGCUAUAGGACCGAUCAAUCCGAGUGGGGUAGCCGCCAAGCACCACACAAGAGCUCAAGGAAGUGUCCAGCUCCAGUUCGGACGCAGCCCCUCCUACAUGUGUAGCAUGAUAGACCGAGGCCGAGGAACUCCUGCCCCUGUCACACCAUGGCCUGCCAACGUCAUCAACGCUGACGUCACCACCUUUACCGUCCGCAUUGGGCCUUCGGGUCUCGCGAGGGGUUAUGAGGCCAUCACAGGGCAGCCAGGCUGGGGGAUCGCUUAUUGGAUCAACGACCUUCUUAUCCCAGAGCUGAUCUUGACGAGAGGUCAGAACUACACCUUUAUAGUGGAAGGUGGAGACGACCCCUCCCAACCUGCCAGAUAUCACCCCUUCUACAUCACAGAUGAUCCGCUAGGGGGCUUCGUACAGAAAACUCCAGCUGAGAAACAGCAAGUUGGAGUGUUUGCAGGUGUUGAUGACGACGGACUCCCAACAGCAGCUGGGCGAUAUUGUGAGUACACAUCUCCAGACGGAGACACGUCAGAGAUAUCGGAGACAUUUGCUGACUACUUUAGUACACUGAACCUGACCUGUGAGUCCGGACAGUCCGCACGCCUCUCCUGGACACCUGACCACAACACACCGGACCUGGUUUACUAUCAAUGCUACACCCACCAGUACCUUGGAUGGAAGAUCAAUGUAGCGGAUGCAGACACCGAUCCCUGCUCCCCCAACCCCUGCCAGAGACAAGGCGCCUGUACAGUGACAGGACCAACCACCUUUACCUGUACUUGUAACCACAGAUACAGCGGAGACCUUUGUCAAUACGGACUUGUUCUCUGCUGUUGUCUUGCCGCUGCUGCAGCUUGCGAGGACUACUUCAGCAGCAGGGAUGCGUCCCGGUACGCGGUGUACGACAACAGGUGCUACUGGUUCUCCCCGACUGAUUACCGCCGGAGUAUGAAGUACACGAGAGCUCAGACGGACUGCCGCAACAGGGACCGAGGAGCAACCCUGGCACUCAUUAAGGAUGCGGACACCCAGGCCUUCGUGGAACAGUACUUGGGGACAAUCGUCAGUGGCCCACGAAGGGACUACUGGAUCGGGUUGGACGACAGGACGAGAGAGAGACAUUUCGAGUGGAAUGACGGGACGGCUCUGCGUUACCAGAACUGGGCAAGACGUCGUCGUCGUCACCGGGGUAGGGACUGCGCAGGCGUCAUGGCGUCUGGGAAAUGGGACCUGUACCGGUGUCGACAGAGGAAGGCCUACAUCUGUCAGAUGCCGCGAGUGUGGUGAGCUGGGAUUUCUGAAGUUGGACAAAACAGCAAAAAUUGGUGGAGUCGCAUCAGCAUUGAAGUAGCAUAAUAUAGUCAGAUAUACAGUAGUACUGAAGUGGUGUCACCAGUGUUUUUAUGGUAUAUGACAGCGAAAAUUACAGAGAAUUUCUUACACUCUGUGAUAUGAAGUGUACCAUAGUGUACAGUCAGCACAUAUACUAGUUGCUUAUCUUUGUUUAGACCACAUUGAUAUGUAGAUGACAUUCAAAAACAGAUGCGAGCGUGCAAAUAAGAAUAGAUUCUUUAUUGUUGUUCUUUCAUAACUUUCAAAGACCGAGUGUCAGUUGAACCUUCAGGUUCAAAAUGAAUUUUGAACUCCCAUGCUACAAAGACUUCGCAAUCUUAUGUGUUUGAAAGUUUGAAAAGCUGUUUUCGAUGAGGGGACAUCAUAUCUUA